AUGGCCGCCAAAUCCAUCCUCGAAGCUGACGGCAAGGCCAUCCUCAACUACCACCUCACACGGGCCCCCGUCAUCAAGCCCUCACCGCUUCCCAAGUCCACUACCCACAAUCCUCCCUCCAAACUCGCCUCCCUCUACUUCCCAGAAGAUGCUGAGGUCUCUGCAAUUCUCGACCAAGCCGAGGUCUCAUAUCCAUGGCUCCUGGCUCCUGGUGCCAAAUUCGUGGCCAAGCCCGAUCAACUCAUCAAACGACGAGGCAAGAGUGGUCUCUUAGCACUGAACAAGACAUGGCCAGAAGCCAAGGCAUGGAUUGCCGCCCGUGCUGGAAAGCCGCAGAAGGUUGAGACUGUGGUCGGCGUCCUCAGACAAUUCCUGGUCGAGCCUUUCGUACCGCAUCCCGAGGGAACAGAGUACUAUAUCAAUAUUAAUUCUCAGCGAGAAGGCGAUUGGAUCCUCUUCACACACGAGGGAGGUGUCGACGUUGGUGAUGUCGAUGCCAAAGCCGAGAAGAUUCUCAUUUCCGUUGACCUUUCCGAGUACCCUUCGAACGAGGAACUUGCUGCAACGCUCUUGAAGAAGGUUCCCAAGGGUGUCCACAAUGUCCUUGUUGACUUCAUCACAAGACUGUACGCUGUUUACGUCGACUGCCAAUUCACAUACCUCGAAAUCAACCCUCUGGUCGUCAUCCCCAACGCCGCAGGAACAUCUGCUGAGGUACACUUCCUGGAUUUGGCAGCCAAGCUCGACCAGACCGCUGAAUUCGAGUGUGGUGUCAAAUGGGCCGUUGCACGAUCCCCCGCUGCGUUGGGCAUGGCCGCUGUCAAGUCAACGGAUGGAAAGGUUAACAUCGACGCUGGACCACCUAUGGAAUUCCCUGCUCCCUUCGGUCGUGAGAUGAGUAAGGAAGAAGCCUACAUCGCCGAGCUCGAUGCGAAGACUGGUGCAUCGCUUAAGCUUACGAUCCUGAACCAAAAUGGUCGCGUAUGGACCCUGGUUGCUGGUGGUGGUGCGUCGGUUGUCUAUGCCGAUGCCAUUGCCAGUAGUGGCUUUGCCGAUCAACUUGCGAACUACGGUGAAUACUCUGGUGCUCCAACAGAGACCCAGACCUAUCACUACGCCCGUACAGUGUUCGACCUCAUGCUCCGCGCUCCAAUGUAUCCUGAGGGCAAGGUUCUCUUCAUCGGUGGUGGUAUUGCCAACUUUACCAACGUCGCUUCGACAUUCAAGGGUGUCAUCCGAGCUCUUCGAGAGGUCUCCUCCCAGCUCGUCGAGCACAAGGUUCAAAUCUGGGUUAGACGUGCUGGACCUAACUACCAAGAGGGUUUGAAAAACAUCAAGGCUGUCGGCCAAGAGCUGCAACUAGACAUGCAUGUUUAUGGACCGGAGAUGCACGUUAGCGGUAUUGUUCCCCUUGCUCUCAUUCCGGGUCGGUUGGCCGAAAGCAAGGUGAAGGAGUUCACGGGUUAA